GAAGCAAGGCCAGUUGUGUCACACCAUAUAUCGGCUUGGAUUGCGGGUGCACAAAUUCCAUUAAUAGGAUAAAGAGCAUUUGCCACCUCAGCCAUUAUAUCUUGAAUGACAACAGGACAAAUACUAUAUAAACUUCGAUCUAUAAUAACAAAUUGGACAAAAAAAAACAAGGAAUAACAUCUCCAAAGUAAUAGCUCAUGAUUCAGAUAAAAACUUGGGCAUGUUUAGUACUAGUAGCCUCUAUAUUUGUCACCUCUACUUUAGGUAGUAGUUAUAAUCAUCCCAAAUUCAAGCGAAGCAUUACUGGUGCUAAUGUAGCUACUCGCAAGUAUAUUGUUGAACUAGUUAAAGCUCCCAAUGCCACCGUAGAUUCUUUUAUUGAUUUCACCAAUUCUCAUUCGGAUAAUGUACAUAUUCAACGUACCAUCUCUCAUAAAUUUUUAAAUGCUGUUUCCAUUGGUAUCAGAGAAGAUAAUAUCGAGAAGGAGCAUGCUACCUUGAAGUUAAUCCUAGAUCAUAUGGAUGUCCAAUCUGUAUCCCCUAUCCAAAUUUACAAGUCUAGGCAGAUUGAUUCCAGCAAGAACCAACUAUCCGCAUCUGACGUUGAUCUCAUGUCCCCUCAUCGUUUUUCACAAGUAGAAAGAGUUCAUAGCGAACUUAAAUUAAGAGGCGAAGGUGUUUUUGUUGGUAUUAUUGAUACAGGCGUUGAUUACAUGCAUCCAGCAUUAGGCGGAGGCUUUGGUCCUGGGUUUAAGAUUGAAGCUGGUUACGAUCUUGUUGGAAAUAAUUAUACUGCAAGUGAUGUUAAUGCAGUUCCCCAAGAAGGUCCUACACCACUUGAGCAAUGCCCUGAAGGUUCUGGAGCUAGUGGUCACGGUACCCAUGUUACUGGAAUCAUUGGUGGCUACGAUCCAUUAACUAAUUUUACAGGUGUUGCACCAGGAGCAAGAUUAGGUCAUUGGAGAGUCGGUAGCUGUACAGAUGAAUUGCCAUCGGAUGCUAUCUUAAAAGCCAUGACAAUGGCUCAUGAAGCCGGUGUUCAUAUCCUUAGUAUGAGUCUUGGAACACCUCAACCAUGGGCCGCACCUGGAACAAUUGAAAGCAAUUUACUAAAAGACAUUGUUGACAGCGGUAUUAGUGUAAUUGUUGCUGCUGGUAAUGAGGGAGAUCAAGGUGCUUACACUGUUGGCCAUCCUGCUACUGGCCCAGGUGCAUUUUCGGUUGCUUCUGUGGAUAAUGAAUAUGACUACUUCGAUUGUUCUUUCAGUGCCCAAGGAAUAUCUACUCGCAUUCCUUGUAACAUACCUAAAAACUAUACUACUGAAGCUAAAGAUAUAAGACCUUUGAUCGAUGGUAUUGUUACGCUUCCCAGUGAUAAUGUAGUCCAUGCCUGUGAGACCAUUGAUUUGAACAUAAAAGGGAAAGUUGUAAUGCUUGGUUUUGCUGUUUGUGAUCUUGAAAUACAAUUGAAGAAUAUUUACGAUGCCGGUGCUGUCGGAGCUAUUGUAUAUCAAACAACUGAAAAGAGUCGUCUAUUGGGUAUAGAAAUGAGCCCCUAUCUUCCAUUUGUAAUUAUUUCGCACAGUAAUGCUGUUGCCAUUUACAAAGGCAUGACAACCAAUACAAUGAUCAAGUUCUCGAGAGACCUUCCUUCAUACUUAUUUAAGAACGAAAAGUAUGCCACAACAUCUUCUUGGUUUUCAUCUGUAGGACCUACUGGUGACCUAAACUUGAAUCCUCAUAUUGCUGCUGUUGGACAUGCUUUUUACUCUACAGUGCCUACCAACCGAGGAUCCUACGAAUUCAUGCAAGGUACCUCAAUGGCUUGUCCGUAUGUAGCUGGAUCAAUCGCAUUGUUUAUUCAGCAAAACGGUGUCGGCAAAAUAGCACCCCAGGUCGUCUAUGAAAAGUUCCAAAAUUAUGCGUUUCAACCAAAUGUCUAUAACAGAACCAGUGGUCUCCUUGAUAAUCCCCUUCGUUCUGGUGCUGGUGCCGUUCAAGUUUACGAUACCAUUACACAAGCUGCUCAUGUUACGCCUGGUCAAAUCAGUUUCCGUGAUUCUUCUUCUACAACUGACAAGACCCAGACACUCACAAUUACAAAUCAUGGCUCGGAAGCUGUUACAUAUAGACUUUACAAUAAUGCAUCUGUAGCUAUUGUACCUUAUGAUAGAGCCGUUUCUGGUUAUACACUGUUGUCACCUGCUCCCAAUGUAAAUGAGGCUGCCCAAAUUGAUUUCUCUGUUUCUGAGCUCUAUUUAGUCCCUGGCCAAAGCGGGUCUGUUAAUGUCACUGUUCACCCACCUAAGACAGAUCCUCUUGAUCAUAUUAUGUAUGGUGGAUACAUUCAGUUCCAUCCCAGCACCUUAAGUGCCAAGGCCUUGCAUGUUCCUUAUUUUGGUAUUGUCGGUCGUCAAAAUGAUAUUCCCGUAUUUCAGGUCAACAGCAAAGAUUUUCUAGUAGCAUUACAAAGUGACCCAACGGUAACUUACAAUAUUACAGAUACUAUAGUACUUAAAAACAGUACGUGGUUGCUUGGCGUCCAGUAUGUACUUUCAGUUCCUACUAUGGUAAUGAAGACUGAGCUUUUGAUGGGUCAGCAAGUCUUGGGACAGGCCUGGCCAGUUCAGCGAUAUGUUGGUGUAUCAGUACCGGGUACUCCGGAGCAAUUAUUCUUUGAUGGCGAAUACUUUAAUAUGCCACUCGAUCUUUCCUCAACAUCAAGUAUCACGGAAGAAACAUCUGGCGUAACUGAAACGUUUAAAGUAUCCAACGGAACAUAUCAUAUCCGUGUUAGUGCUUUAAAGCUAUUAGGUGAUAUGAAUAACGUUGACGAUUGGGAUACGUUUACAGUUGGUCCUCUUAUUGUACAAUAACUGUAGAGUUUGAAAAAAAAAGAGGAGCUUAUGAGUGAAGUGUGUACAAAGAAAGUGUAGUAUAUGUAAUUAUUUUAUAAAUAAAAAGAAAUUGCGAAGUCUGUCAUC